CAUCAUGGGUUUCUCACUGCGCUCUCUUAUCCUGCUAACCUGCAUUUCGACUUCAACUUCAGCAUCAGCUUUACCACCUUCAUCAUUAAAAGACUCUCUGACCUUCCCACCAAAUGCAAACCACGUCUUCAACGCUAUCCAGGACUCCAUGCGUCAAUGGGGCUCCUCUCUCCACCACAACGGCAUGUCCUUCUUCCUAGCCACCGUGCCUGCAGGAACCCAAUUCUACCAUGGCGACGCAUCGUCAGACCCAGUCACAGGCAGGGAAUGGCUGGCCUUUGAACCCGAGCAUGCAAUGGUAUUUGCCAGAUCUCAUCUUGGUCCUCCUCCUCCCCCGUCUGAUAAAGCAGAUGGUGAGAGGCAAAAGCCGCUAUCACCACCACCACCACCACCCAAAGACGACGGCAAUGACGAACCAGGCUGGCUGCACACAUACAUCGCGGCGAAGAAUCUCCGCCUCCUCUACGUAGACGGAAUGUCCGCCGCCAAAACGACAAACGGCACACUCGACCUCCAAGAUCUGGUUCUCUUCAACGGCACACUCGGUACCGAGAACCCGAUGCAGGAGCGGGCGCGCGCAGAUCUAUUCUGCAAGAUGGCGCGCGAGACGUGGGGCGAUCGUCUGGAUGGACUGCUUCGCAUGGAAGCCGGGUUCGAGAUUAUCCUCUGCUCGUUUGAGCGGGACUUGAAGGAAGUGCGCGUGACGCAGACGAAACGGCAGGAAAAGGGUAAAGGUAAAGGUGGAAAACCUGGAAUGCCAGGCGGAGACACCUGGAUCAAAGCCAUCACGGCACGAUACGGUGGCAUCGGUGGUGAUCGCGUGCGCAUCAACCAGGAGGACUUCGUCACGGCGUAUAACUACGGGCUAGAUCUGUUCCCAGGCAACGAGAGUAAACUCCCGCGACUCUCGCAUCUGCCACUGGAAUCCCUCCAACCCAUCCGCGCAGAUCUGCACAACCUCAUCAUGAACCACGACACAGCCGAACCGUCCUUCAACUGGCAAUCCAUCGCCGACAUGGUGGUUGAACGCUACGCCCACAGCCUCCACUACCUCAUCUCCCCCUCCAUCACGACAACCUCCCACCUCCACGCCGAACUCGAACGCCUCCUCGCCCCAUUCAUCGACUACAGCGCCCGCAAUGUAAUAGUCGAAGCAGACCGGUGCGCAAACCAAUUCAUACCCGCCCAAGCACCCACAGAAGGCACCGCCUCCCGUGCCGUGCAAUCCAUCGCACACACCAUCUGCCAGAGCCUACUUCGCGCGUGGGAAGAAACGGACUUUGAAGACGCCGUGGCAGGGCUGCGCAAUCUGGUGGAGUAUCUGUCGUGGUCGACGUGGAAGGAGUGUCGGGGGUGUGCAGAUAACGAGGUCUGUGUGAUUCCGAUCUGGCCGAUGGGGACGGUGGAGGAUUAUGAGAGUCCGAAGUGUAAGGAUGCGACGAAGCCGGAGGACGAUGGGACGAGGUAUUGGGGGGGCCAUGGGCCGCCGGGGAGUAAGCAUGGGCGACAUGGUGAUGGGAGGCCUUAUAAGACGAGGGAGGAGCUGUAAUGUAAGUAUUGUCAGUGCAUGUUAAUGGAUGGCAGAGUGGAUUAUUCUAACUAUAUUCAGUUGAAACUGUAAAGACAUCCAAUAUAUUUCUAUUAGACUAUUAAUAUUAAACCUCAGUCAUUACCAUUUAA